CUUCGAGGAGCCAUAACAGGCUCCUCAUCUGCUGCUGCACUGUGAAAUAUAAAAGGGCCACCGUGAUGGAGGCUUCGCAGCCAGUCAAGUUCAACUGCCCAAAAAGAUGGCAAAGCAAAAAGAAGAGCAAACCAGAAAAGAGAGAAUCACACAGCGACGAAAGAGGAAGAGAGGCUGGGUUAACAAAACAUUUCAACUCUGGGAGCUAUGCGGGUUUGAAAUUACGGCCUGUCUCAAGAACCCUGAGAGCGGGCAGGUCACAUUUCUUCAGACGCCCGGUGGAGGAUCGUUGCCACGUAACAUCGAAGAUCUGAAGUCAACCGAUCCGCAAGCAGAAAUACUGUUGGCGAAGGAUGUUGAGCAUGUUGGGGGGAAGGGAAAUACUCGAGCAAAACCGAGGCCAGGGGCGAGAUCGAGGCGUAGCCAGCACGCGCAGGGCCAUAACCAGAACAGAGCCUCGGCCAAGGGGAGAGGAAAGAAAGUUUCCCUCCACAACACUUCGUUGCCGGAUCCACCAUCCUUUGGAACUCCCAGUCCGAGGGACAAAAGAUUCCCGUUCAACACUGAGCAGAACAAGUUGAAUCUCGUGGAAUCCGGGCUCCUGGAGGAGCUGAAUCUAAACAUAGUCCCAUAGAUAUCAAGGUUACUGGUGUUAUUCCUGGAAAUCUCUACAAUUUUGCC